AACACCAAACGCAACACAACCUCCUCGUUAGAUGACAUUAUAUUCUCCCAAUAGAUGGAGUUCUUUUUCCACCUUAGUCGGCUUGGCCGGAGGUCUUUAUUCAAACAGUCAUUCUCUUUACCCCGCUCAGGAUUGGAUACAGUUGUUGUUGUCGGUCGUCAUUCUGUUUAUGAAUCCAUUUUGCCAUGCCCUUUCCCUUGGAUAAAUAAUCUGAUCCAUGAACUUUGUUGUCUGUGGGAUAUUUGACCCAAAAUGGUUUGUGAGUUACUCCUUCUCUCUCUAAAUUAAGGAUUCUAUUCUAUAUACUCAGUAUCCUUGUACACGCUUCAUCUUAUAAUAUCUGUUGUUUUUAGUUCUUUCCUUAAUUCAUUCGACAUUUGAUAUAUGUAUGUAUGCAAAUAACAACUGAAUGAGUUUGAUUUAUUUUGAAACAAACUUGUAUUUAUUUCAUCAAUAAUUUGAUCUUCACUUCCAUGAAAGAAAGAAAGAAACACCGUCCGUCCGCCGAGGCCCAACAGGGGCGCUUUGUUGCCUAAAGCCCAAGUCCAUCAUCAUGUCAUGCGAUUAUUUUUUGUCUUGUGAUUCGAACUACCUUAAAUAAAUAUCAGUAUAUAUUUCUUGUAUAUAGCUAUGAAGUCUGCCAUCAUCUAAUCAGGGCUAGUGAAUGAACCACCCGUAAACAUAAUAGAAAUCAAUAAAUAAGGGCUUCCUGCCCCUUUCGACCUCUAUAGUCCCCUCUCAAUCCCUACAGCUCCCGAAACAAUAAAAUGGUAAGACAAAAGCAUCGAUGGACGAUGGAGGAAGAGGAAGCUUUGAUUGCGGGUGUGGAAAAGUACGGCCAGGGAAAAUGGAAAACCAUAGUUGACGAUCCCCAAUUUGCAUCUUGCUUUUCUGAUCGGUCGAACGUUGAUCUCAAGGACAAAUGGCGUAACUUGAAUGCAAGUAGUGUUAGAGCUCCCAAGAUAGUGUGUGUUACUUCAAAUCCACCCUUGAGUUCCCUGGAACCUUCAGCUGCCGCUCUGCUCCUUGAAUAUGGCAGUGAAGCUGGACCUUCUAGAAGCUCACCAGAUACAAUAAUGUCCCCCGAUUACAAGGCUGUUAUUAUGGAGGCUCUUUCCUCCUUCGAAGAUCCAAAUGGGCUUGACAUCAAUGAUAUUCUGAACUUUAUUGAGAGUAAGUAUGAGGUACCUGAAAAUUUCAGGGAAUCAGUGACUUCAAAGCUCAGGAACCUCGUGUUGACAGGAGAAGUCCAGAAAGUGAACAAUUGCUACAAGCUCAGGGGUGCAUUCUUGGGUGCUGAAACAUCCCAAGAAGAGGAUAUUGUCCCAACUAACAUUGACAACUGUAACGAGGAACAAAAUGCGCAGGAGGCUUCUGUAACACCCAUUUCUACAGAAACUCCGGAAGAAGCUGCAGCUCGCUUAGUUGCUGAGGCAGAAAACCUGGAUAAAAUUGCAAUUGAAGCCUGUAAAAGGCGAGAUAUGCUUGAAGGGCUCCUAGAAGAAAGCUUGGUAAUGCGAAUGCUAGCAAAAAAUUUUUACGAGCAAUGCUCUAGAGAUGGAAUUGUUGUGCUGAAACCUUGAAGUGCUUCUUGUUUGCUUGACAUGUAUUUUGACAUUAGGAGUUGCACAAUGCCUAUGGCUAGACUUUCAUUUUUUUUGUUGCUACUUCUACUAUUCGUCCAUUCUAGACAAUGUUUGCGCUUGAAAAUUUGCGUCUUUGAUGUUUUCAUUGGGAUAUAGUUUGUUUUCUUACAUAUGGGCUAAUCCAAUGUGAUAGAACAGAAAUUAGAGAAUUGAGAAAUGAUUUGUUUUAUUGAUGUAUUGGAUAUUACAAGAUAUGGUAUUUAUAUCGAUGGUGUAACUGCCUUUCAACAGA